CCAAAACUCCGAUGGACCGGAUAUCCCAAAGUCCUCGUACUUUGAGGCCUGGUGGUUCGGGUAUUGGCAGGCGGGCGGUCAGUCUUGACGGCGACGCGAAGAAGGAACCGAUCAUCAGCGUAGGGGCACCGCUGAGCACCCCACUGACGGAGAUGGACAGGCUCAAGGCAGCUAAUGACGACCGCGAAGAAACGGCCCAUGCUUCCGACUCAGACCUACCCCCCACAGAGCUGGGCGAGAAACGCUUUCCGACCACACGCCCCGAAAUGCUGCGACGACACAGCUCCACCUUUGCCUCGCGUAUCAUGCCACAGCCCCAUCGCAGCAAGAGCGAGCGCACACGCCUGCGGCUGGAACCGAACCUAGUGCACCUAUUCGACGAUAUGAAGGAAUCCGAGUAUCAAGAUAUAUUCGGAGCCGAUGCGGAAAUGCGGGUGGUGCAAGCGGCCAAUUUUAACAGCGAACAUCCACUGGGCCUUGAAGACAGUGAGGUGCUGGACGACUUAGAGCUGACGGCAUUGCGUGUGCAUGAUCUACCGCUGCAGGUCAUGCUCCCAAUGGUCAUUUCCAUUCCACUUGGACUGACGGCCAUCUAUCUGUGGUCGAGGCUGGGUGGUUGUUUACACGCCAAUCGCCGACUGGGAGAGGAGUGGGACGUUCUGUGGCACAUCACAGAAGCGCUCAGUAAAGACUCUAACAAAUCGGAGGUCCACAGAGCAUACGAGCGCUUUGCGACUAUGGGAGCGGCGGAGUUCUCAGCCAUCCUAGCAGAGCAAACGAAAGCCGCAUAUGAAGCCCAGCAACUGUUGGCAACGUAUUCCCAGCUAGUGAAUGAGUUCAAGGGCGAGUACAUAGAGGAGGGGGUCAGUUGGGGGUGGAUCAGUGCCAGCAUAACCUUCGGCACUGUUACGUUGCUGUUGGUCGUGGGAUGUGCGCUGUCAGUAAGACUACUCAAAGCGUUAACGAAUCCGGAUAGUUGAUGGCAGAGGUCCGGGAAAGAAUAAAGACAAUUAGCUC